GAUUGGAUUACUUCACAUCCGAAGGCCAUCUUUCUCCUUCUAUAUAUGCCUCGCAAUCUAGAACUUGUUCAUGUUUUCUCUUUUGAAAAGCUCCGCAUCAAUUUAGUCUUCAAAUGAUUCGCUCUCUCUCCCCCGCCAAGGUCUUUGCUUCUCUACUCAACCGGAGAGGUUAUGGCGUUGCAUCGAGAGGUGGCGUUUGGGUGACAAGCCCAGAAGAAUCAGGAUCUAGGAUUCAAGAUCUUGGUGUCAAAGCAGAAGAUAAAGAUGCUGCGAACAUGGAGGAAAAGUCCGGGGUCCUUUCUGCAUGGACCCCGGACCCCGUUACCGGAUUCUACAAGCCUUGCAACAGUUUGGAUGAGGCAAAUCCAGCUGAGCUUCGUAAUAUGGUCUUCAACCAGCACAGGGUCAAUAAGCCACAUGAUUGAAGACGGGUUGCAUUGUUAUGAACACCAUCGAUGCUAGUUGAAUACGUGGCAGCGAUCACUGUCUCUUUCAAACACAAAUUAAUGCACUCUCUUCUGUGAUCUCUCUCGUCAUAGCCUACUCAUGUGUGUAUGAAAUUAUUUCCGUACAGUUGCUGUUCAAGAUGAAGAGAACCAGCAAAGAAAUGACAGCAUGAAAAAAAAAAAAAAUAAUCAAAGUUGUAAGUUCUUGAUUAAAAUUAAACGGGAAAAAGAAAUUCUCAAUCAAUAAUAUUUCCUUUCAGUGCCAUGCCGUUUGUAA